AUACAUCUAUACAUCUGUAUUAAUUUUAAGUAUAAUUUUAUUAUUCUAAUUCAUAGAGAACUAACAAAUAUCAGCCGACGAACUGUCAAUGUGUCAACGUAUAUAGUUGUGCCUUCCAAUUCAUCCAGUUAUUCGUAGUUAAAAAGAGUUUUCAAUGAAUGGAGAGAAAAAAAAUGCUCGUGGUAGAGGUCGUGGUCGUGGGCGAGGGAGGGGACGUGGUAGAGGUAGAGGCAGGGGCAAGAAAGUGCCUAAAGUGAUGUCGUCUGAUGAAGAAGAAUGUUCUGUGGAGGAAACCACUCAAGACCAAGAGGAAACAGUGCCGGAAGAUGUAAAAGAAGAACCUGAACCCGCAGAACCGGUUAAAUUGGAAGUACCAUCAGAUAUAUCUCAAUUAGAAGCUCCUGUGUUCACAACACUUCAGCGGGGACCACCAGAACCAAUGUUGCGAUUAGAUUGGAGUCACCGAGCCACGCUCAUAGGGGAAAAAGUGCUUAACCCCAUGAUAUAUUGUUGCGAUAUUUGCUCAAAACCCAUACUUAUCUAUGGCAGGAUGAUACCUUGUAAACAUGUUUUCUGCUUAUCUUGUGCAAGAGCAGAUCACACACAUUGUCCACGAUGUAGAGAGAAGGUAUUACGAGUAGAACAAACUGGUCUUGGCACUGUUUUUAUGUGCACUCAUUCAGGUACAAGAUACGGCAACACAGGCUGUCGGAGAACAUAUCUGUCUCAGAGAGACCUGCAAGCACAUAUCAAUCACAGACACGUGUCCUCUGGUGCUGAAGUCAAGCAGGAACCAGAGCCACCACCGACUUCCGUUGCUAUUGUUAAACCUUUAUCGGUUUCAGGAGGCAGUAAUGAUCCCCGAGCACAUUCUCUAACUCACGCUACAGCAGAACGGCCUCGAGGAGCCCGCACUAAUCUCAUCACCGUUCCAAUACAUGACCAACCCGAGUCUCAUAAUUACUACAAUUACUAUCAGACGCCGCAGCCAGUGCCGGCGCCACUAAGCGGUGCGGUGCUGCCUCACACCUUGUCUGUGCCGCCACCCUACUACCAGCCCUACGCGCCGCCCGCGCCCUACGUACCGCCCGCAGGAACAAUGACAACUAAUGUAGCAGGUGUCUCCCCAAUGCCGAACUCCGUCCCCAUAGCACCAGUGAACCCUAUGCCAGAAACAAGCCGUUGGCCAGAUGGGGGCUACCAACAGUCCAACGUUCCCGUACAACAGUGGCCACAAAAUCAACAUCACUACUACCGGUAGCAUUAAAUGUGUACAGACAAUUAUACGAUUAAAGUGAUAUUGGCGCGCGUGUGUGCUCAUAUUUUUAAAUACACAGCUUUCGUUUGUGACAGUGGUAAAUUAGACGUUAUUAGAGCAAGACGUGGAGUGAUUCCUGUUAAGGAAUAAAACUUUUCUUUUAAAUAAUUUUGAAUUUGGAAUACGGAUUAAAUUAAUUAAUAAUCUGUAUUUAUAAAAUUUCGAGGCAGAUGUAACGACGCGCGCCAAAAUGAUUGAAACUAUACCACUAUUAGUGGAUGAACUAUAUAUUAUUUAUAAGAAAUUAAAAUACUUCGAAUAAACUCGAUUUAAUGAGAAACUUAAAUGAUGUUAAUUGAAAGAAAAUGGUCACACAAACAUUUUUCACUGCGACCAUAGUCUGUCGUAAAAAAACGUAACUGAUUUUUGUUGCUAUGUGCUAUAUAAAAAUAUAUUUUUUUCAUUUUACAUUCAGUUUAUAUAUAACGUAUUAUUAAACUGGCAUCCUUCCAUUUAACCCUAGACUUACAAACGUUAUCUGGAACUUACGAAUUAUUAUACUAGUGCUUAAUAUUGUUGUUGUUAUAAUCUAUACAAAUAAAUAAAAUUGGACUGUCUGUUUUUAAUAUUAAAA